UGUUUGACAUUCCCUGACACACUGCACAAUCCGGAGUUUUAUAGCAUCUCCGAGUUGGCCGAGGUGGUUCUGCAACUUCAGCAGUUCAAUAGUUGUGCAUCGAUGGGCUCGGACAAGGCAAGUGAGAGGGAGAGCUCCGGCGUUCAGACACAAGUGGGAUCCCUCUAGAACACAGGUCAAGCUUAAAGCUUUCGACAGUCUUGAAUGCGUCCUAAGAUAAUGGCGAACAUUUCAGUUGGUGGAGAAGCCGGAGGUGCUGGUGGAGCUUACUCUUGCAAAUUUGCAAUGCUUUCAAAAGAUUUUAACAACAUUUGGUCCAACAUAUGUACUCAACCAACAGAGGAUUUACUUGAAGAAUACUGGAAACUGAUGCUGAGAUACCAACCCAACUUUAUCGCAUCAUGGCUGUUUCAAAGAGCAAUGUCUGCAAAGCAACAACCCCCAUGUUUCCCCUGUCUUCUUCAUCAACGAGCUUCUCCACUUAAAUUUCAACUGCAUACGGGUUUUCUACUAUACUCCAGGCUCUUCUUAUAUGCUUGGUUCGAAAAAGCGAGAGUUUUUGUCGCCAUGGCGCUAAGGCGCCCAAGGCGAUGCCCUCAACGCUUAGGGACACCCUUGCCAGGCGAGGUUACCUUGUUCUGUUGCAGGUAGACAAAGCGCUCGCUUUGUACCGCCAUGGCGCUAGGCGCUAAGCUCCCACCUCCUCGCUUCUUGUCG